UAUUUGCUUACUCCAACACUCAACUACUCUUUGCCCCAAAAACCUAUCUUUUUACUCUUCUUCUACUCCAAACUCCAGCAAAUAUCAACACCCUUCCCUCUCUACUCUCUCUCUCACCAAAAAAAUCCAAGGAAAAAUGGCACAUUCUUGCAUAGCCACAACAUCCUCCAUCUCAAAAUUCAAGUACCCAAUUGAAUCUUGCACUCUUCCCCAAGCCCACCCCGUUUCCCUCCCAUUUAAACAUCUUCCCUUCAGGAAAUUAAAGACUGUUGGGAAAGUGAAGAAUAGGGGAAAUAGCACCGUGAAAGCCGUGUAUUCCGGAGCUGAGUGGGUUUCAGCUAAGGCUUCACCUACAGGAAUUUGGUCUAUAAGAGAUGAUUUGCAAGUUCCAUCAUCACCUUAUUUUCCUACAUAUGCCCAAGCUCAAGGACCACCUCCGAUGGUACAAGAGAGAUUUCAGAGUGUGAUCAGCCAGCUCUUCCAAUAUAGGAUCAUACGAUGUGGUGGAGCAGUUGAUGAUGAUAUGGCUAAUAUCAUAGUUGCUCAGCUUCUUUAUCUUGAUGCUGUUGAUCCCACAAAGGACAUUGUCAUGUAUGUCAACUCUCCAGGAGGGUCAGUAACGGCGGGAAUGGCCAUAUUUGAUACCAUGCGGCAUAUUCGACCUGAUGUCUCCACUGUCUGUGUUGGACUCGCUGCAAGUAUGGGAGCUUUUCUUCUCAGCGCGGGCACCAAAGGAAAGAGAUAUAGCUUGCCAAAUUCAAGGAUAAUGAUUCACCAGCCUCUUGGUGGUGCUCAAGGUGGCCAAACUGAUAUAGAUAUACAGGCUAAUGAGAUGUUGCAUCACAAAGCUAACCUGAAUGGGUACCUUGCCUACCACACUGGUCAAAGCCUUGAGAAGAUUAACCAGGACACCGAUCGUGAUUUUUUCAUGAGUGCAAAGGAAGCUAAAGAGUAUGGGCUAAUUGAUGGUGUCAUCUUGAAUCCCAUGAAAGCCCUUCAACCUCUUGCAGCAGCUGCUGAACAAUCAUAGCUGAAUUCUGAGGCUGGUCAAUUUUCUCCCAUCAAUAUUUUCACUUCGCGCUUGGAUGAUGUUAUUGAUAGUCAUGACUAGAGAUUGUAAUUGAUUACUGGGUUUUGGGUAGAAUUAUCAUUCCUGCUUCCAGGAGCAAUUGUACACGAACGUUUACAAGUUCAUCAGAGCGACAGUCAGGGAAGAGUAAAAUGUAUCUGACCUAAUCCCAUAAACGUUUUUCGCGCAAGUCUUGAUGUUUCUUUUAAAGAUUAAUUUGCUACUCUCAUUUUUCCUUUAAUAACAUUCAAAUUCGUCC